ACGCGUGCGAGGCGCGGGGCGGGCCUUGCCUUUCCUCUCCUUGCCUGAGAGGCGAGAGAGAGGGUCCGGCGGGAAGAGCGGAGGAUGAUGGCGAUGGGGGGCAAGAGCAGCGCCAUCGCCGCCGGGCUCUGCGGCGCCCUCUUCAUCGGCUACUGCAUCUACUUCGACCGCAAGCGGAGGAGUGACCCCAACUUCAAGAACCGGCUGCGGGAACGAAGGAGGAAACAGAAGCUUGCCAAAGAAAGAGCAGGACUUUCAAAGUUGCCUGAUCUAAAAGAUGCAGAAGCAAUCCAGAAGUUCUUCCUUGAAGAGAUCCAGCUAGGCGAGGAACUACUAGCACAAGGAGAAUAUGAAAAGGGUGUUGAUCAUUUGACAAAUGCUGUUGCUGUUUGUGGACAACCACAGCAGUUACUACAAGUUCUACAACAGACUCUUCCACCACCAGUUUUCCAGAUGCUUCUUACUAAAAUUCCAACAAUUAGCCAGAGAAUUGUAAGUGCGCAGUGCUUGGCUGAAGAUGAUGUGGAAUGAGAGAUCUCAUCAGGAAGUUACAGUGAAUCCUUAGCCCAAUAGAUGAGCAUUACGGGGGGAGGAGGGGAAGCAGAAUAAAGGAGCAAGCGUAAUAGUCAUAAUGGACUGUAUACCACAUUUCAACCUGCCAGAGUGAAUUUGAACUCUAGGUAGGUUGGUUUGGCUGGACUUUAUUUAUUAUCUAGUGCAAAAUGUAUUUUGAUAAAUUCAUUUUAUAAACACACCAUGUUGAGUUACAAAAAGUAUCAUUACUCUCAUUUAUUACCAAUACGGUUGUAACAUUGUACAUAUAUAAAAAAGAUGUAAAACUGCAACAUAAAAUGAUCCCAUGCUCAUUUUUGAAAAACAGAAAGCUAAGGCAUUAAAAACUUACCUGUG